AUGGACAUCAAUUCUCUUCUUUCGCCGGACUCGAAUCCGAAAUCCCGUAAUUCGACGCCCGUGCCCACUCCCACGUCAAACGCACCGGCCACCUCAGGGCCAUCCCCCCACAAAGCUCUUCAACGAACUCGGUCAGGCGGUUCCAGACGCAAAGAGAAGACUUCUUCACCUCUUGCCCAACAGAUUUAUGCACCCGCCGGUGAACCUUCUGCGGGACCUGGAGGGAAUGGGACCUCCCCGACUGAAGGGCCGUCAAGACAACCUGCUACGCCCGGGAUGGAUACUUUGGCGGAUUUAGCUUCCAUGCAGCACCAUCAGCCACAACGCCCGACUCAAGCUCAAAUGCUUCGAGGCACCGAAUCCUACGAACACCAACUCUCCCCUUCUACCAUUCAUCCUCACGUAAAUUCUGUCAACCACAACACCCCUACCUCUCGUCGCGAUCCCGCGCAAAGAACCUACGCCGCAACUUCGCUUGAACCGGAAGCGCAGCAAAUGGCGACCGAACUUUUCCGUCGCAUCUCUUUGAAUCCUCACACACAUGACGCGCACGUUCAAUUUAUCGGGUUGCUACAUGCUGGGUUUAGAAACCAUGUCUACCCGCCCAACAAACCAGAUGUGCACGGCGACCCACGACGCUAUGACUUGCUGAACGACUUGAAGACGGCACGCGAGGAGAUGGAUAAGCUCUUUGCCAUGGGAGAGGAUCUCUGGGCUGAGUGGAUUCAGGAUGAGAGUAUGCUUGCCCAAGACGUCGACGGGCGCAUUGCUGUCCUGGAACUCUGUCAGCGAUCUGUCGAGGAGGAAUACGGCAGCACCAAGCUCUGGCAUAUAUACGGCGAAUGGGUGCUUUACCUCUACAACUCUGCUCACGGCGAAACUGGCAUUCAGUGGACCGAAGAGGACAGGAUGGUCGGCCGCGAAGUAUUCACAUGGGAGUCGGUCUUGGAAGUGUGGCAGCGCGCUGCUGAUGCGACCAAGUGGAGAAUAAACAACAGCCACUUGGUAUGGGAUCGUCUUCUCGAUCUCUAUGCUCAAGACAUUGCGCGUGGCCCUUCCCAGGAAAAGAUCAACCAUCUUCGAGGCCUCUACGAGGUUCGUCUGCAAACUCCCCAUGCCACCUGGGGCGAGACUUUCCAGAAGUUCUCCGGUUUCAUCUCCACAUACUGCAACAGCAAUUAUGAAGAUGUCAUGGCCGAGACAGUCGCCCGCGCCGCAGAAGCAAAAGCUCUGUACGCUGCGCGCGAAGAAUUUGAGCACCGCCUUGCAAAGGCGGAAGGGUCUGGCGACCGUACUUUGGAGUGGACUGUUUACUCUGAGUACAUUCAAUGGGAACUUACUCGCAACCGCCGCAAACGAGGAGACUUCAGCUUCGAUUUAGUCAACGCUAUCUACCAGCGGGCUGUUCUUCAAUUCCCCACUGAUGUAUCACUAUGGGAAGACUAUAUCAUGUUCCUCAUUGGUGAAUCUUUGCAUCGUCGUGCUUCCACCACAACCAUCUCUACCCUUGACCGCGCCACCCGCCAUUGCCCAUGGUCUGGCAACCUCUGGUCCCAAUACUUGCUGAGCUCGGAAAGAGAAAGCCAAUCCUUCAACAAAAUUUCCAAUAUCAAACACAAGGCGACUAGCACGGGCCUGCUUGAUGCUGGUGGACUAGAGGAGGUUCUCAAGGUUCACGUGACUUGGUGCAGCUACCUUCGCCGACGUGCAUUCCUGUCCGACUCGACCGACGAGGACAUCGAUGUCGCCGAAGUUGGCAUUCGGUCAGCGAUCGAGAGCGUGCAGGAAUUGGGUGAAAAGAAAUAUGGACCGGCCUACCAAGGUGACCCUCUGUUCCGCCUUGAGCGGAUCUACAUCCGUUUCCUGAGUGAGAGCGGCAGCUGGGAUAGCGCAAGAGAAACUUUCAAGGGUCUUGUGUCCCGUCGUGGUGGUAGCUAUGAAUUCUGGCUUGCCCACUAUGGAUGGGAGUUGAUCUGCUGGAGCAAAUUCGUCCAGGGCGAGGCUACCGUCGAUGCCGCGCGCCGCACGCCAAACCCGAGCUAUGCUACUGCCGUACUCAAACAGGCGAUCAAGAGAACGGACCUCGACUGGCCCGAGAAAAUUGUUCAGACUUACAUCACCCACUGCGAGGAUUACGAGGACUCUGAUGAACUACAGCUCGCGCUCAUCGAGACCCGCAAAGCAAUGAGAGCUGUUAAUGCCCGGAGAGAAGCAGAAGCACGAGAGGCCGCAGAAGCCCAGCAGCAACAGCAGCAGCAACAGUGGGAGGCUACCAUGGAGGCUGCUCCGUCGCCAGAGAAAAGAAAGCGCGAAGACGAGAAGGAUGCGAUGCCAGAACCAAAAAAGGCUCGCAAUGAAGAAGCAUCACCCGCUGCAGCGGCCCCGGCCGCGGGUCCUUCCCGUGACAGGGAGAAUGCGACUGUCAUGGUCAAGAAAUUGCCCAAGGGUACCACUGAGCACGCUGUCCGACAAUUCUUCCGCCACAGUGGCACCAUCAACCGUGUCACGAUGUUGCAAAGGGACGAAAAGCAAACCGAGGAGGCUAUUAUCGAGUUCGAGACUAAGGACGAGGCCCUGGCUGCUCAGACCCGUGACCAAAAACAGUUUGAAGGCAACGUCAUUGACGUGGCUAUUGGUGCAGAAAUGACUCUGUGGAUCACUAACCUGCCACCUACUGCGGACGAGAAAUACUUCCGGGAACUCUUUGGAAAGUAUGGCGAAGUAGUUGAUGUCCGCUUCCCUUCUCUCAAGUACGACAAAGACAGACGCUUCUGCUAUGUCUCCUUCUCAACCCCGGGUGCAGCUCUCCAUGCAACUGAACUGAACGGAAUGCGUUAUGAGAAAGACCAAAGGCUGCACGUUAAAAUCUCCAACCCCGCGCAGAAGACCGAGCGCAGUGGACCAAGAUACGAAGGACGAGAAAUUUACCUGGUUAACAUUGACUGGAGUGUCGAUGAAACCAACCUCCGAGAGGCUUUCUCCCGCUUUGGAGAAAUCGAAAAGGUCAAUCUUCCCCGCAAGAUCGACAAUACAAGCAAAGGAUAUGGGUUCAUCACUUUCACGACUAAGGAGGAUGCCAAUAACGCUCUUGCAAUGAACGACGAAAUGAUCAAAUCGCGCCGUGUCCGCGUCGAGAUUGCCACUCCCGGUGGGCACAAGCGAGUCACCGCCACUACCAUCAACCGAGUUGCUCCACGCGGACAAUCGGCAGAAGCUAAUGGCACCACCGAAUUAGAGGUACCGGUUGGCGAAGUUGCCGAUCGUACACUUGCCCUGAUGAACAUUCCCGAUACCGUCAACGAAGCCCGUGUCCGUGCGGUUGUCGAGCCGUUCGGACGCUUGGUCAGAAUCAACUUGCGCCCUGACCACCAAGGUGCCCUUGUGGAGUUCGUCGAUGUCCAUGACGCCGGCAAAGCCAUGAUGGCACUUGAAGGGAAGGAAAUUGCUCCUGACCGCCCUCUCCACCUUGGCACUGUCGAAGAGAUGAAGCAGCAGCGGGCGGAGUGGAAGUCGAGUCGCGUCACAUCGGUGAAGCAGACUGAAAACCCCAAGAAGAAGCUUGCUCUUCAACCCACUGCCGCCAUCAAGAGGCCUCAGCAACCUAGUCGGAAGGGUGGCCUCGGAGCGAAGCGACAUACCCCCGCCCACGGACAGAAACCGGCUGAUCAGAUGGACACCACGGCCGACGGCGAGAAGCCCAAAAAGAGCAAUGAUGACUUCCGUGCUAUGCUGAAAAAGUGA